UUUUUUUUUUUCCCUUCGAACCUUUUCCAGCCACCCGGCUAUUCGCUGCUUCUCGCUGCUUCGACAGCCCAAACUCUCUGCAUCUCCGUCUCCUUUGUCUCCUUUCAUAGCCGUUUCGCCUUGUUGCCCAAGAAACCGUCUCUCUGUGAUGGCCAAUCAAACAUUUUCCCUCGCUUCGCAAAUCAAGGUCAGCUUCGGAUUGUGACACUGUUCGAUUUAUAGAAAAAAAAAAACUACGUAUGCAAAACUGACAGGUCGUUGGUAGCUGUACGAUGGUAUUAGCAUGCCCCGGAUCCAUCUUGGGGUUUACCUUAUGUCAGGCCCGGAGGCAAAGGAGGCCUGUCAGAUAGCUUUGGAAGUGAGUCUCUUUUCAUUCCGGUUCCCCGACCCUCCAUCGCGAGGUGCGAAAAAUCGAUGGAUGUACAGGUAGCGUCUUUGAUUGGUUGGCCUGACAUGUACGGAUUCCAAGCUUUGGAGCAUGCACAAGGCGGAAGACCUGCAAGAUCUCAAGACAGGUCGAAGAUCGUGCAGAUAUAGCAGCGGUGGGCAGUAGAUCGAUUGAAAGCGUCCAAGUACUGUUUGAGAACCUGCCUCCAUUGCAAGCGUUCAUCACCAGCCGUUACAAUUUUGCGGGGUUUUCUUGACACUACGAGCGGACGUCACUAACGUGGACCAUGUAGGCAGGCUACCGAGGGUUCCACACCAAGUCUCGAAUGGAUGAGGUCGAAAUUGAGAAUGCUGACGAGUGGAAAGGAUCGAUUCGGCACAGAUGUACGAUAACGAGAAGGAAGUUGGCCAGGCGAUAAAGAACUUCCUCUCAGAAAAUCCCGACGUCUCACGAGAAGACAUCUGGUAUACGACCAAGCUGGCCGCCAAUGGCUCAUAUGAUCACGCUCGCAGGUCCAUUAAGCGAAGCCUCAAAUUAUGCGGUCUAGGCUACAUUGACCUGUUCUUACUUCACUCUCCGUACGGCGGAAAGGAGGCUCGACUCGAGUCCUGGAGAGCUAUCGAGGAUGCGAUCGAGGCUGGGGAAGUGCGAACCGGUGGAGUAAGCAACUACGGGAUCAAACACCUGCAAGAACUGUUUGAUUCAAAGCCACGCGUUUUUCCCGCCGUCAACCAAAUCGAGGUACACCCCUUCAACACACGUACGCAAAUUUGCGACUUCUGCAAGGAAAAAGGCAUCGUGGUGCAGGCCUACGCUCCUCUCGUUCAUGCUUUGCGGAUGCAACAUCCCGUCAUAGUCAGCCUAGCAAAGAAGUACUCCUGUACUCCAGCUCAACUCCUUGUUCGCUGGUCUCUACAGCACGGUUAUGUGCCGCUUCCUAAAAGCGUCAAGAAGAGCAGAAUCAUCGAAAAUGUGCAGAUCGAAAGCUUUGAAAUUGGACAGGACGACAUGAAGGUCAUGGAUGGGUUGGACGAGUAUCUCGUGACGGAUUGGGACCCAGUAGACACACCAUAAUGGGCGAACUCGGGCGUGACUCUUCCGGAUCUCUGGCUCAACGUGGGCUGAAACGGUGAAUCACGAGGGCACUUUCUUGACACGGUUUGCUCCAGUUCAAUUUGUGUAAGGAAAUGCCCAUUCUCACUGCCGUUCAGCCUUACCGUGUGGGAUGGCGUUGUCUGUUUGAGCAAGGGAGCGCAAAUUUUCAUGCGAGGCUGAGGAUAUGCAGGCUGAAGGCAGCAAAGUUGCGCGAUACCGGAGAGAGCGAUCCGCGGUCCGCGCGGUGAUCCGUGCGAUCCCGACAAGGCUUCGCGAGCGAACAUCGUCCCCCGUCGCAGUAAAGUUCCAGAAGCAUGGAAGACGCAUCCUUGCAACUUA